UGUUGUUUAGUUUUACACUUUACAUUUUAGGAGAUUAUUUUCGUAUUUAGAUUGAAAUAAUUUCCUAUAAUGGCUGACCUUGUCACGCUGAUGACGAUUGACAUACCAGAGGGGCGCAAUAGCCUGCUCGAGAGCCAGACCAACUUGGAGAAGGUAGCGGAUUAUUGUGAAGGAAACUACACUCAAGCCCAAGACAAGAGAGUAGCCUUAGAGGAAACAAAAAAUUAUACCACUCAAUCAUUGGCUUCAGUGGCUUACCAAAUAAAUACCUUAGCCUUUGGUUUCCUUCAAAUGCUGGAUUUACAAGCCACCCAAAUGGCAGAAAUGGAGAGCCAAAUCAAUCACAUUAAUCAAAUGGUCAUGAUUCACAAAGAAAAGGUUGCGCGGAGAGAGAUUGGAGUAUUGACAACCAACAAAUCAUCAUCCAGGCAAUAUAAAAUCCUUGCACCAGCCAAUCAAGAGAGGCCCAUCAAAUAUGUUAGAAGACCAAUUGACUAUGCUGCUUUGGAUGAAAUUGGCCAUGGUGUUAGAAUUCAAAAUGAAUUGCCUCGUCAAAAGAGAGCAAGUAGUCAAGGGAGUAGUAGCAGUUUAGCAGGAAUGGGGACACUUGGAGCUCCCAUGAUGACUGGUACCCUGAGAGGACACAGCCCUGUUCCUCCUGCCCCAACCAGCAAACCGCCUACUCCUCCCAUGGCGCGUGCGAUUGGAACAGGAAGCCUUUCCAAAGGAUCGAGAGAAUAUCGAACUCCUCCUGCUGUUGCCCCGCCCCAAGUUCCAUCCAAUUAUGCGCCCAAUUAUCCUUUGGGCCACUCCCGUCGCGAAAGGAAUAGCACUGGUUAUGGUACACUUCCUAUGUCACAUGCAUCUACGUCUAGCAGUAUGCACCAGUCUCCCUACAACGCACCCCAAAUGAUCCAACAAACUCCACAAAUUGGCAUGGUUCAUCCUCUUCCACACGGCCAAACAUCAGCCAUUUACGCACCUGGUUCUGCAACUUACGCUUCAGGCCUCGAGCGUCAGAGAUCCUACUCAAAUCCACCGCCACCCUCCCCUGGAAUGAUGAAUGUUAACGUGGAGCAAAUGCCACUACCCCCGCCUUCUAAUUAUGGAACUCUUAUGACAAACACUGAAAGUUCUGGUCGAGUAAGAAGUAUGUCGCCUCCGCCGCCUCCUCUUCCUGUUGAGGAACCAUCUGAUAAUGGGACAAGUAAUCGACGUAGAGUUCUGAUGCCAGUAGAUGCGGAUCUCCCGGGUUGGGUACCAAAAGACUAUAUAGACAAAGUUAUGGCCCUCUAUGACUACUAUGCUGACAAGGAAGAUGAACUAAGUUUCCAAGAAAAUUCAAUCAUCUAUGUCUUACGUAAAAAUGACGAUGGAUGGUGGGAAGGGAUUCUGGAUGGCAUUACUGGCCUUUUUCCUGGAAAUUACGUUGAAUCUUGCAUGUAGUGCCAUGGAAGUUCACGAACAAAUAUUUUGACGAUUUUAAUAAUUUUUGAGUUCCUUUCCCUUAAAUAUGUUCUUUUGCUCUGUUCUUCAACAACUUUACUAGAUUGAGGCGUACUGUUGUUUUUUUAUGAAGCCAUUUCCGAAUUUUCUCCUUUUUUCUUUGUAUUCCUCGAAACAUGGUUUUGUAAAAGUUAUUUCAUGUUGAUACAAGACCACCUCCAAUUCCACCACCAGGAAUAAAUAUAUGCCGAAUCAUCUUAUAAA